GAGGAGGAGGAAAGAGGAGCCAAGAAGAGGGGGACAGGCAGGCCCAGAGAAGCAGCUGCACCACCACCUUCUCCCUAUGAAGAGGAGUCCUUCCCCCUCCGAGAGAGGUCCUGCUGGGGGACCCCGGCCAGACAUCAGCAGCAACAUCAUCACCACCAGCAGGGAGGGCUAGACAGUUGAAGAGAAUAUUUGUUUCCGAAAGUGAUUAUUUUACAGCAGUUGUGUAAAGAAAAGAAGAUUUAAUCACAAGUAUCUGAAGGUGGUGGGAAUUUAGUAACCUGGACAAUUCAAGAAAGUGGAGAAGGUAGAGAAUGGAGUUACAGACUCUACAGGAGGCUCUGAAAGUGGAAAUUCAGGUUCACCAGAAACUGGUUGCCCAAAUGAAGCAGGAUCCACAGAAUGCUGAUUUGAAGAAGCAGCUUCAUGAACUCCAAGCCAAAAUCACAGCUUUGAGUGAGAAACAGAAAAGAGUGGUUGAACAGCUGCGGAAGAAUUUGAUGGUAAAACAGGAACAGCCAGACAGUAAGUUUCAAAUACAACCAUUGGCACAGUCAGAAAAUAAAACACAAACGCCACAACCCUUACAGCUACAACAGCAACAGCAACAGCAGACUACUGUACCCUCCCCAAACCUAAUUGGAUCACAGAAAACUGUAACCACAGCUUCUAUGAUCACCACUAAGACGCUACCUCUUGUCCUGAAAGCAGCAACAGCAACCAUGCCUGCCUCUGUUGUAGGUCAAAGACCUACAAUUGCCAUGGUGACUGCCAUCAACAGCAGCCAGAAAACUGUCCUUAGCACUGAUGCACAGAGCACGCCAGUCAAUCUCCAGACAACAAAUAAAGUCACUGGUCCAGGAACAGAGGCAGUCCAAAUAGUGGCAAAAAAUACAGUCACGUUGCAGGUUCAAGCUACACCUCCUCAACCCAUUAAAGUGCCACAGUUCAUCCCUCCCCCCAGACUUACGCCUCGUCCAAAUUUCCUUCCACAGGUUCGACCUAAACCCGUUGCCCAGAAUAACAUCCCUAUAGCCCCUGCUCCACCUCCCCCAAUGCUUGCUGCUCCUCAGCUCAUUCAGAGGCCUGUGAUGUUGACAACAAAGUUCACACCCACCUCUAUACCUUCCUCACAAAAUUCCAUACACCCAGUCCGUGUGGUGAAUGGACAAACAGCAACCAUAGCCAAAACGUUUCCAGUGGCACAACUCACCAGCAUCGUUAUAGCAGCCCCAGGUGCCAGGCUUGCCGGACCUCAGACUCUACAGAUCAGUAAACCAAAUGUUGAAAAGCAGACUAUCAAACCCCAAACUGAAACAGAGGAGAAGCCAACAGAAAUUCACACAGUUACCCCUCCUGCACCACCCAAGCCAAAACGAGAAGAAAAUCCACAGAAACUUGCCUUCAUGGUAUCCCUUGGAUUGGUUACCCAUGACCAUCUAGAAGAAAUACAAAGUAAAAGACAAGAGAGGAAACGAAGAACAACAGCAAAUCCAGUGUACAGCGGAGCUGUUUUUGAACCAGAGCGCAAGAAGAGUGCAGUCACGUACUUGAACAGCACAAUGCAUCCUGGGACACGCAAACGAGGUCGUCCACCUAAAUACAACACGGUGCUGGGGUUUGGUGCUCUGACCCCCACAUCCCCUCUGUCCAGUCAUCCUGACUCCCCUGAAAAUGAAAAGACAGAGACCACUUUUACUUUCCCUGCAACUGUUCAGCCUGUGUCCCUGCCUAGCCCCAGCUCCACUGACGGCGAUAUCCAUGAAGAUUUUUGCAGUGUGUGCAGAAAAAGUGGCCAGUUGCUGAUGUGUGACACAUGCUCACGUGUAUAUCAUUUGGAUUGUCUGGACCCUCCUCUGAAAACUAUUCCCAAGGGCAUGUGGAUCUGUCCUAAAUGUCAAGAUCAGAUGCUAAAGAAAGAAGAAGCAAUUCCAUGGCCAGGGACUUUAGCAAUUGUUCAUUCAUAUAUUGCCUACAAAACAGCUAAAGAAGAGGAGAAACAGAAGUUACUGAAAUGGAGUUCAGAUUUAAAACAAGAAAGGGAACAACUAGAACAGAAAGUCAAGCAGCUCAGCAAUUCUAUAACAAAAUGUAUGGAAAUGAAGAAUACCAUCCUGGCAAAACAGAAGGAAAUGCACAGUUCUUUGGAGAAGGUAAAACAGUUAAUUCGCCUCAUCCAAGGCAUCAAUCUUUCAAAAUCUAUAAACUCGGGUGGCAGUUCGGUAACCAUUUCCAAUGGCAUGGACUCCUCCAAUAAUGCAAAUGCUGCCACCUCCAGCCCAGCCUCUUCCCCCACCCAGGGUUGUGUGGUGAACUGUAACAAGGGCAGUGAGACUAAAUAACACAGCACAUGACGGCAAGGAGGAAGAGCAAAACAAUAAAACUCUCUAGAAAAGCAAAGCCGGAUUUCGUCUGGAAAAUGCAGAAAACUUUGGUUGCAGGAAGAACAUGAAGAUGCUUGUGCCAGGCGGCACCAGAGUUGCCAAUUGAUCCUUCUUAUUCUGUGUGUUCAUGCAAAGUUUGGACCAUGUUACAUGAAUAGUGCCAGCUGGAGGUUCUUAGCCAGCACCAUGCCAAGUUAAAUAAUAUAUUUGCUCUCUAUAUUCUACACCAGUGUGUGCCUGCAGCAGCCUCCACAGCCACUAUGGGUUUGUUUUCUUUUUAUUUGGGGGUGGGGAGCAGGGAGGAGGAGCAGGUUUCAAAUCCUAUCUGCAGACCAGUUUGUUGAGCUAGGGGAACUUCAAGUCCAAAGAGCCUAUGGGCUUUUCCUGUUAUUAAAUUCUCCAUACUACUAAACCAAAAAUCCAGAAAUAUGAAUUAACAACUCCUAGUGUCCAGGGGUUGGUGGGCGGGCGGGAACCAAAUGUAUCCAAUAAGCAGUAUUCGUUUUGACAGGAGAAACAAAAAGGAAGGAAGAAGGAUUUUUCUACUCAAGUAUCCAGCAGUAUACAGCAAGCUGGAGAUCUCUAUACUGGCAGCUUUAGGGUAUCCUGUUUUGUUUUUCCCAAACAGACAAACAAAAAUGUAUUGCUGAUUUGCUCGUCAGACUGACCCAGGAAGGUGAGAGGGAGGGGAGACUGAUGUGAUCAGCCUGGAUUUUUGGGAAGCAAGUUGAGACCGAAAAGAAAAUUUCAACUCUUUUUUCUUUUGUACAUUUGUCAAGCAAAAAAUAAAAAUAAUAAUAACAAUAUCCCAAACAGUACAGCACAUGUCCCAAACAUAUUGCCCAAAUAGUUAAAAUGCCUGAUUCCUGUUUCCUUUCUUUCUUGGUUACAAAUAUAAGGAAUGGAAAAACUGUUUUUUCAGGCUGACAGUCCAAUUAAAGAGGUAGAUGGGACCUUGCAUGGUAUAGAUUAGAAGUAAUAGUGUCAGUGAGAUACAGUGAGUCUUUGUGAGUCCGUGUGUCAUCGUUUUGGGCACUGUUUUUUAUGCAAGGGCAAAAUCUUUGUAUCUGGGGGAAAAACAACUUUUUUAAAUUAAAAAAGAAAAAAGAUACUGAGGUCUUCCUAGUGUUACUUAAAAUAAGAUCAAGGUAAGAAACAUUGUAAAAAUUACGAAAGUGCUAUUUGUUUCCUAAACAAGUGAUUUCUAUUAAAAAGGUGUCAGAACUGGA